UUUAAUUGUCUCAAGUUACUACUUGCAGAGAGACUCAAUUCAAGAAUGGCUGAAGUUGAGAACCAUUCGUCUCCUCCUUCUGAUCCGGCUCCAUCAGAUCCAUCAACCCCACAUCCUCAAACUGGGUUCAAUCCUAGCAGAAUGAUUGGUAUCAUCAGAAGGAAGGUCAUGAUAAAAGACUUAGCGGCUAUAUACCAUGCAGAGUGCCUUGCAUAUUGUCAAGAACUUUUGGAACUUCAAAAAAAAGCGGAAGAGUCAUUAAUUGAAAUGAAAGCUGCAGAAGAUUCAAGGAGAGAAACAAUGAGGCCCCCAAAACGUAUGAAGAAAGCCCGUUAGCACCUAAUGAUGCCAUCAUUUAUGAACCUUUUGGUGAUUCAAUUGGGAGCCAUAGCUUAGUUUCUGAUCCCGCACUGGACUCUAUGCAUGUGCUGCAUACCAUGUGCAUGCUCUGUGGUUGGAACCUCCAUGCAGUAAUCGUAUAGCUCAAAGUCGCACAGCUACUCUAUUUUGUAGGCAGUUGAGUUUGAUGGUUGUACAGUUAUAUGCAGAAUGUAAUCUUGUUACAGUAUGAGUGAAAGUUUAUAAAAAUAGUAUUAACUGGUUAUGUUAAACGUCUACAGCAAAUACUACAACUGAGAAGGUGCGGGAGAGAAUAUUUACUCCGUCUGUCCCAAUUUAUGUGACUUUUUCCUUUUUUUAAGUCCGUCUAAAAAAGAGUAAU